ACAUCUUUCAUUUUUCUUCACUGGUUUUGAUUAGUCUAGUGUACAAGUUUAAAAAAGAGGCCCACUGGUUUGGAGGUCAACUGGUCAAAGGGGAACUUGUCUUGUUAAGAGAAACAAGUGCAUCAUGACUUAAAAAGUCUGAAAGUGCAUGUUGAUUUGUUGAUCAUGAUGGAAGGUUCAGAAAGCUUCACUGACACUGUGCUUUCUUGGUCCCUUGAAGACAUAUGUAAUGAAAACCUUUACAAGCACCAGGUGGAAAAGAUUCCCGAGUCAGUUCAACAAUUUGGGGCAUGUUCAUAUCCAUUAUUGGAUGAAACUCGAGCUCAGUUGCAAUCCAGUAUGGAAUCCAUGCACAGAGCGCCAUUUUGUCAAGUAAAUGCCAUCCAAGAGUCAAAGCACUAUGAAGGAGAAACAAAGCUAUAUGAUAUAGAGAUUGAUGGCUGGAGAAACAGUGAUUCUGGCAAGGAGUUGCACAAACCCAUUCAGGGAGAUGUUUUUGUUUUAGCAGAUGCUAAACUCGAAACUAUAUCUGAUUUACGAAAGUUGGGGAAAUGGUGGUCACUUGUAAUAGUCACUGAGGUCUCCACAGAUAAGAAAGAGGAUGAUAGAACCUUUCUUUCCCUUAAAGUCAGAGCACCGAAAGAAUUUGAAGUCAACAAUGGCAAUGGAACAUCACUGUUUUUGGUCUUCUUAGCAAACAUAACUCCUAACUUAAGGAUAUGGAACGCAAUGCACAUGUGCAUCAGUUCCAGAUGGAAGGUGCUGUUUGGUGAUAACUUUAUGAAAUCAUUCAAAAAGUUGAAGUCAUUCCAAAAGAAGAUGUCAGUACUGAAUCUUCUUCUCAAGCUUUCGAGUGGCUGGAGACCCAAGAAAAGAAAUGUAGACACAAUAUGUAAAAUCUCUUCGAUGACACUGAAGCAAUUUAAGGUCGAUGAUCUAUAUAUUGUUUUGACAAUCGACAUUGAAAAGGAUUUGAAAUACAUGCAAGUGUUGAGGAUGUGGGACUUAUUGCCUGGUCUGUUGGAUAUCCAAAAAUUGGCAGAUCGAUUGGACUGCAUAUUUAGUAGAUACACGAAUCUUUUUGUCAAUCUCUGUAGAGAGAAAUGUCUUGAGGGUCAUUUGGAAGUUCCAGCAAGCUGGCCCCUCUCUUUGGAUGUUGUCCGCUAUAAAGAUCUAAGCAGCACCAAAAGCAUGAGUAAUUCUGUUGGUGACUCUUCUGUGAAUGGAAGUUGUGUUGAGAAUUCAAAGGUCAAUGAGAGCUUGUUGCUGAUGAAGUUUUACUCCUUAUCAUCUGGGGUAGUGAACUUCUUGUUAUCUGACAGAGAGGACAGCAAAGUGGAUCUCCCUUUUGAAGUUACUGACCAAGAAAGGGAGGCUGUUCUUUAUGAUAGAAGUACAUUUAUACUGGGACGGUCAGGCACUGGAAAGACAACAGUUUUGACUACAAAGUUAUAUCAGAAAGAACAGCAGCACCUUAUGGUUGAUGAAGGUUUCUAUGAUGUUGAAAGCAAUGCAGUCGGGCAUGCUGGUCUGCAUAAUAAAGCUGUACAGAGUUCUUCUUCUGCAUUAAAUAAAGGGAUGGUGUUACACCAGCUUUUUGUGACCGUGAGUCCUAAACUCUGUUUUGCCGUCAAACAACAUUUUUUACGCUUGAAAAGGAAUAGUAAUUUGAAGGGAUUUGUUUUAUUUAAUGUUCACAGUUUUGCUUCCGGCAGAAGCAGUUUGGUUGAUAUGGAUGAUUUUGAUGAUGAGGAAGCUCAAUUUAGGGGUAUCCCAGAUUCUUUUUGUGAUAUUCCUCCAAAAUUUUAUCCGCUUUUCGUAACAUUUCAUAAGUUCUUGAUGAUGCUUGAUGGAAGUCUGAGUAAUUCAUACUUUGAAAGAUUCCCAGACAUCGCAAAACUACCUCAAGAUCGACAGCGAAUAUCAAGAGCUAAUGUGCUGCAGACCUUCCUCACCACCAAGGAGGUCACAUAUGCAAGGUUUAGCUCAUCAUAUUGGCCUCAUUUUGAUGUUCAGUUGACAAAGAAGCUUGAUGCUUCACGAGUCUUUACUGAGAUUAUUUCUCAUAUCAAAGGUGGUCUUAGAGCGUUGGAAGCAGGUGAUGGAAAACUCAGUCAGUUGGAUUAUGUGCAAAUGUCAGAGGGCCGGGCUUCCAGUUUAAGCCAGCAAAAGAGAGAGAUAAUAUAUGAUAUAUUUCAGGUAUAUGAGAAAAUGAAAAUGAGAAAUGGUGAGUUUGAUAUUGCUGAUUUUGUAAAUGAUAUUCACCAUCGGCUCAAAUGUGAAAAAUACAAGGGUGAUGAAAUUGAUUUUGUGUACAUUGAUGAGGUCCAGGAUCUUGCCAUGAGCCAAAUUGCAUUGUUUAAACAUAUCUGCAGCAAUGUUGAAGAGGGUUUCGUUUUUUCUGGAGAUACAGCCCAGACUAUAGCAAGGGGUAUUGAUUUUAGAUUCCAAGAUAUACGACAUCUCUUUUACAAGAAGUUUGUAUUGGAAUCAAGAAAAAAAAAACACGACAAUAGGAAAGAAAAAGGACAGAUCUCAAACAUCUUUCAGUUGACACAAAACUUCCGAAGCCAUGAUGGGAUACUGAAGUUGUUGCAGAGCAUUGUUGAACUGAUUUAUCAUUUUUUCCCCCUCUGUAUUGAUGUCUUAGAACCAGAAACGAGUAUGAUAUAUGGGGAAGCUCCGAUUCUACUCUAUUCUGGAAAUGAUGAAAAACUAUUCAAAAAAAUUCUAGGAAGUAGUGGGAUUAUUGCCGGAAAUAUGGGUGGCUUUGGUGCGGAUCAAGUUAUUUUGGUCCGUGAUGAUUGUUCUCGAGAAGAAAUCUCUAACUCCAUUGGGAAGCAAGCUCUAGUUCUUACUAUAGUGGAGUGCAAGGGUCUAGAAUUUGAGGAUGUACUCCUAUACAAAUUUUUUGGAUCAUCACCACUGAAAAAUCAAUGGAGGGUGCUAUAUGAAUUCAUGCAAGAACAAAAUUUGCUGGACUCCACAUUACCUGAGCGCUUUCCAAGUUUUGAUGAUGCCAAACACAGCAUGUUAUGCUCUGAACUAAAGCAGUUAUAUGUGGCUGUCUCUCGUACAAGACAGAGACUCUGGAUAUACGAGAAUGUUGAAGAACUUUCCAACCCAAUUUUUGACUAUUGGAAAAGGCAACAUCUUGUACAACUUAGAGAACUAGACGAUUCACUUGCACAAAUUAUGCAAGUUGCAAGCACUUCAGGAGACUGGAGAUCACGUGGCAUCAAGCUAUAUCAUGAGCAUAACUACAAAAUGGCCAGAAUGUGCUUUCAUAAAGCUGGUGAUACAUUUUGGGAAAGACGGUCUGAAGCUGCUGAGCUUAAAGUCAAGGCAGACCAUAUGCGCACUUCUAGUCAUGGAGAGGCAAAUGCACUCCUUAGGAAAGCAGCUUCAAUUUUUGAAGCUAUAGGCCUGUUUGUACCUUCUGCCAGAUGCUUUUAUGAUUUGGGCGAGUAUGAACGAGCAGGAACAAUUUAUUUGUAUAAAUGUGGCGAACUGGAACUGGAAAAUGCUGGGGAGUGCUUUUAUCUUGCUGAAAAUUAUGUGCUUGCUGCAGAUGUGUAUGCUAGAGGAAACUUUUUCUUUCUGAGUAUUUCUUCUUGUUUACGAGGAAAUAUAUUUCACAGAGGUUUGGAAUACAUAAAAUAUUGGAGACAACAUGCAAGAGACGAGUAUGAUCUGGCCAGACAAGCAGAUGAGACUCAUGAAAUGGAAUUGGAAUUUCUUGAGCAUUGCGCAUUUCACUAUUAUGAGGGAAAAGAUGACAGAUCAAGGAUGAAAGUUCUUAGAGAUGGAAUGCUUUCUACUCGAAAGUUUUUGAAUGCUCAGAUUUCAUCACGCACUUCAAAAUAUUUGUGGGAAGAAAAACUGCCUGGUGAUCUUAAAAGGCCUUCAAACAAAAAAUAUGAGAAGCAGGUUUCUAUUGAUUCACUGGUCUACUUCUGGAAUUCUUGGAAGGAUACAGUUGUACACCUGUUUGAAUAUCUUGGAUCGAUAGAUGUUAAUGAUUACAUAAGUCAUGGUGACUUCUUUCUGAAUUAUUUAGGGGUGUGGAGGCAUUUUCAUGAUGGUCUAAAUCCGCUCUAUCUUUCACUCAUUUAUGAUAUUGACUGGGUGAGAAGUAUUGACAAGAGAUCUUUCCCAAGAAAUGAGGAGUCAAUCCCCAUUGAUGUUCACCGACUUGUCUUGGAUGCUCAGAGUUAUUGGAGUUCAGAGAUGCUUUCUCUUGGCAUUAAGGUUUUGGAGAAGCUUGAAGUGCUUUACAACUUCGCAAUCAAUAAUUCUGAUUCAGUGUUCUGCCAGAGCCGGUCUCUUAUCCUUAUAUACGAGGUUGCAAAAUAUCUUCUGGAAUCCAAAUUUCUGAAGAUGACUCAUUAUCAUGCUGAGACACUCCACAGAUUUGUUACAUUGUCGACUGAGAAUUUUGUCUCUUACAUAUUUCCUUUAGAUUGGAUGAGGUCAUCAAGAGAGGAUAUGAUUUCUCUUAGGCAAAUUGAUUCUUGUAAGUGUUUACUGAAUCAAGUCAUAGUUGAGUACAUCAGCUCGACAAACAGGCUUUCAUCUGGGCAAAUGGGAUGUAUUGCGAUGAUCAUUCUUGGGUCCGGUAAGCUGGAUAAUGAACUUUAUGAGAAGCUUAUAAAAAAUCUAGACUGCAACUCUCCAUGGAAAAAGUUCAUUGAGGAUCUAUGUGACAGUAUUCAGUCAGAGCUGCCAGAAGGUUAUAAUAGUGAGCGCCCUAAAAAUGCCACAGUUCUUGAAUAUUCGGUGGCACCUGAGAGAGGUCCUUUACUUGGAAAUAUCAGUCAUCAAGAACCGAGAGAGGUGUCUCUUUUGUGGAAGUUCCAUGGUGCUUUGUUCAAAACUUAUAGUCAGAAUUGGAGUUUACAUUGCUACAAUAUAACACCUGAUUGUUUCUUAUAUCUUGUAGAUUGCCUUCUGAUUCGGAUCUGUUGCUUUCAAGGUUAUGCAAUCACUACAAGAUCUUGUUUCAUUGAGCGGCUGAUAUAUAAGGAGGAACAUAAUCAAGUGAUAGUGGAUGAUGUUCGAAUAUCUUUUGAAUGCAUCCUUCAGUUUCUGACUGAUGUUGUUCGGGAAUUUCUUUUUAAUAAGACGGAUAUGAUUAAGUGGAUAAAAAAGUGUACCAAUAAUAGUUGGAAGGUGUAUUACUCGCUACUGAUGCAGAGAUUGGUUUUUGUGUUAUGUCUGCUUUAUUUGAAUUUUGGGAUGGGCUUUGAUAUUCUCUUGGAUUUGCUGAGGAGGAAGUACAUCACUGACCAGUUACCAAAGGAGUUCUGCUAUGUCCUUAGGGGAAUUGCAUCUUUACGUGAUUCUGUUAGUAGACAUGUUGAUGUGCUAGCUCGAGCUUUUAAGAAGAGCGGUAAUCCUUUGGUGGUUGCAAGUUUUGGGAUUGAUUGUUCAAGGUUCUUCUGUUCAGAUGCCAUUAUCAUCAACAUGAAGGCUAACAUAUGCAUGGCUGAAAUAGUAAGAUCUCUAUUUCCAAAACACUCUAUGAUUCGUUCUUCACAAGGGCAGACAUACACCACUGAGAACCUUCGGCAUUGGAACAGAAAUAACUUCCCCGUGGAUUUUGAUCCCUUGUGGGAAAUAUUUAAAGGUUUUAAACCAGCAAAGGAAAGAGAUCAGUGCAAUAUAUUUUCAGAUGCCUCAAAAAUCAAGUUGGAUGUGGAGAAGAUUAUUCGGCUUUUGGCUGCCGCAUGGUCUGGCCUUGAUGACAAAGAAGAACGAAAGUUAUCUAGAGAAGUGCUGAGCAUGCUGGAUGAAUUGGUGCAACUCUAUGCCGCAUUAGAUGGGAGCAGCGAACGUGAAGUUGGAAACAAUAUGGCUACAGUUGCAGAACUUUCCAGGAGGAUGCAGUGGAGAAGUCAAAGAUUUUUUUGGCCGGAAAAAAUUCAGCCCAUCUUCACUGAACUGUAUAUGGAGCACAAUAAUAAACUAGCUAGGAAGGCACAUAAGGCUGUUGCCAAGUCUGGCCACGGCAAUGAGGCAGGAAACGGUGAUCGACUGUAAAGCUGAGGAAAAAGCAUAUAUAUGCUAGUUCUAAUUCAAAUUAAGCCUUCAGAAGUUGAUGCUGCCACUGCAGCGCAGCAGAAACUCAAACUGACAGCUACGGGACUGGAAACACGAAGAAGGCGAUGCGAUUGAUGAUGCAGGCCACAGAACUCUCUCAUUCUCUGUUCUCUAUUCUAAAGCGCAAACCUCCCUACACUGUUCAUUUUCGUUUGUCGUUUUCCUUAUGAAUAGUGUGUUUUCUUUUUGUUUGCAACUCCGCUAUAUAUAAAUCAAACAGACGUGUGUUUUUGAUCCAAGUUG